AUGGAAGCGAUGCAACACCUGGAGAUGCAUAAAAUGGGCGCCCUGGGUCUUCCUACGAAACCAUCUGUGUCGUCGCCAACUUACACCGGCCACCCAGCAUUCCACUUGCUCGUUGCUGCGAGUGUCGUCGGCGAUCUUCCCGACCACCUGAGAGUGCAAUUCGUAUAUUCUGGUGAAAGAUCUCGUCUCAAACCGGCGAGCCUCAAGACUUUGGUUGUGGAGAUCGAGCGGGAUCUUCGCCGUCUGGAAUUCGAUCGUCUCGCUCAGCCUGGUAACCAACCAAUACUCCGCAUCAUCAGGCCGGAGCAAGUCUUUCCUCCGAUCUCUUCUCUUGUUCUGAAGGAAGAUUCUCACCUCCGUUGGGUGCAGCAGUUCCUGAAUUCUUUUGUGGCCAUCCUUCCUAACCUGCAGCACCUCCAGAUACAUGGUGUUGACUGGUCUCGGCAUUCCGAAGAGAUACUCCCUAAGCCCAAAUGGCAGCCGUACUUGCCUAACGUGGGCAACAUGCAGCUGGCAGGCUGCUCGUUCAGAACGCUCCCCCAACUGGCCAUAUUUCUUACCUCUUUCACUCGUCUCAACAGUGUCCGCCUAGUGGAUGUUUCUCUAAAGACACCGGCAUACGUCUUCGUUGACAGCACUAUUUCCAUCGAAAACCCUGGCGAUUUGAACCUCAUGUUGUCCGCUGAACUUGAUAGGAAGUUCGGACGCCAGUCUGUUGGUCAUUAG